CAAUGACGGCUUCUCGACCCUGGUGUAGAUGCUUCCUUGACACCUCUUUCAACACCCGCUUCGAAUGUUAUCACUCGAUUGAAUGGGCGUUAUCAGUGGUUAUCAGCUCAUAUAUAUGGGCCAGCAGGGGCCUGCUGCGCCUACUGGUAGGCUCAGAAGGCUGUUAUCAUCCAUCCACAUGGUUAAUCACCGACAAAUACAAGAGAAGACUCCAGAUCCAAUACCAGAGGAAUCCAGCUCGCCGGUAAUCGGAGGUCUACUGAAUGACGCAGCAACGUUGCAAUAUUUCGCGCUUGAUAUUUUCAGCAUCAAUUUCCAGUGGAUUGAAGGACUUCUGUGAGAGAAGGGCCCGUUCACAAAUCUGUCUUGUGCAAGUUUUUCUGUUUAUGUUUUAGGUUGAAGAUGGCCCAGAGAGAGAGAACUCCCAUUAAUGGGAAUCAAAAGGAAACCCUGAAAUCCUUUUUUACGAAUGGAAUGACACGAGUUGGGUCAAAAUUAAUUCCAAGUGCUGCAUCUGCUACUGGUUUGGACACCAGUGUCAUAGAAAACUGGAUCGGUAAUUACAAAAGAUCACAAAUUUCAAAACCUUUGUCUGAACCCCGUCAAUCAAAGGCAAAAGUUCACGUCAGAGAGCUGUCGCCUUACAAUCUUUUUUGUAGGGACAUAUUCAAAAACAAAGGCACAAUGAAUGACAUUAAGGGCAGGUGGGCCACAUUGGGGGAAGAUGAAAAGAAUAAAUACUUUCAAGAGGCAGCAGCACUGAGGGCACAUGGGCAGACACAGGACCUUAGCCCAGAGAUGAGGGAUGCCCGAAUUAAAAUGCACCUUAAGAAGCUGAAGUUAGAGGUGUCCAAGCUUGAGGAUUUGGGUGUGGAAACAGCCAUUCUAUCAUUUGACCGCCAAAAGUCCUCAUUAGAGGUGUUUGAACUGAGCAGCAAAGGAGCCACUGAUUUCCUUGAUACAACGGAGACAGUGAACAACUUCGCACUGCAUUUCAAAGCCAGCUCCUCACCCGCAACACCCAGUACCAGAGAACAUGUCAGUGUUCUGGUAGGAAAAGUGCAAGAUCUAUUCAACCAAAAAUAUAAGGAGGCCGGAGGUACUGGGAGGCUUCCCUACCAGUCCCUGGUAAAUCAGGGCAUGACCAUUAAUGUAGCUGGACUGCCCACAAGUCUUACCCUCAGGAAGCCUUCCUUUUAUGGAAGGAACCAAUUGGUCGAAAUUUUGAAAGCUGCAGAGGAGAUUUCAUUUGAAAUAAAUGCAGAACAAUCCAACCCCACUGACUUGGGAGAGGGGAUGUCAGAGCACAUGGAUGCAGAAGACACAGCGGAUGGCAUCCAGACGAAGUCGGUGGAGGAAAUUUUAGAGGCCAUGUGUGAAAAUGGUGCACAGCAGAUGGAAGAGUCCUCAGAAACAGCCACUACUGUAGCCAUCGUGAUGACUGCAGAUAAAGAUGGAGACAAUGUGUGCCGUGUCUGCCGUGUCCAUUUUGAUGACAAAAAUAAGAAUGCAAGAAAGAAGUGGCGUUCAUGGUCACAGUGCACAGUGUGCCAAUCAUGGUCACACACUGCAUGUGGUUUUAAAAAGAACAUGUGCCUUCACUGCCAGUGUCAAAACACCAUGCAAACACCCUGAACCUAUGCUAUUUACUGCAUUCCAAAAU